AUGGAAUCCCGCGGAGAACACGGUAAAAAUCGGUUGAGAACCCGCCCGACUAUUGCCCGUCGCUCGAGAAUUUUGAUUUCAGCACAAUACGAACAGAAAAUUGAUGACAUUGCAAAUGGAAUCGACGGCAUCAGGCACCUUCUAGAAAGACUUGAAUUGCCAGCAACUCCAAAAGAUUCAACAGUUGCAGUUACUCAAUUGAGUCAGCAUACAACAGCAAGAAACCCGAUUGGAAAUGACAUAGCCAGCGACUCUGCCAGCGGAUCGUCGUGGGAUCAUUCCGCACAUGUCACGAACCUUCUCAAAUCUAUCCUUGAUGAUAUAAACCUCACGUCACAGGAUAAAGGAACAGAAGCUUCUGAAAUCAUAUCAUCUUUGGCGAACCUUACGAGAACUUUGGAAGAUCCUUUGCCAGCCAGAAGCCAGUAUAUACCAAAUGGCAGUGCCUUCACCGUAGCGCACGAUAAAAGACCACCGAUGCCUCCUCUAGAAGCUACUUUGGAUGUUUUGCGGUGGGCUAGACCUCGCGAACACUUUUUCCGCAUUGCUCGAAUAUCGCAAGUCCUCCCUUUGGAUUAUUUUGCAGAUAAAUGCCAAAAGGUGUACUUCGCAGUUGAUAACUACAGUACGAUUGACUUUAUCUUGGCCAAUGGUUAUUUGGCCUAUGUUUUUGCUGAACAUGUCAUCACAACUGGACUGGAUGACUACAGGGAGAAUUGGUUGAUGUGCAGAAAGAAUCUUCGUAACUCUGUAUCGAUGCUCCCACUUAUUCUACCCUCGUCCAUGGAUACUAUUGCUGCGUUGGUAGUAGCUGCUUUCGAUGCCAUGGAGAACUCUAAUGCUACGAUAGCUUGGAGUUUCAUAUCAUCUGCAGCAAGCCUCUGCCACGCGUUAGGGUAUCAUCGCUCCAGACCAGCUCGACCAGGACAAGAUGGAAGCCUCCAGCCUCUACAAAUCAAGCUGUUCUGGUCUGUUUACAACCUCGACAAGGGACUGUCUCUGCAGCUUGACAGACCUCCCAACUUUCGGGAUGCCGACAUAACGUUGCCUUUUGACACAGCAGAUGAGACACAAGGUACAAGGCUAGCAAGGAUACAAGGAAAAGUCUACGAUCAACUCUACAGCCCAGCGGGGUUAUCAAGACCUGACGAUGAAAGAGGCCGCGACGCAGAAGUACUAGCGAAUCAAAUGCGAGAAAUCAUCCACGAAGUUCAUACCGGCCUGGAGAAUAUCACGAAUGAGCCAGUAGAGGCAGGUGAAGAUCCAUUGCGCAUACUCUAUCAUCAAUGCAAGUUGGUAUGCCAUUCGUCGCUGCUCGCUCUGAUUCUCCGUGCCGUUCCCGCCAAAGGGGCUUCCUUGAGUGGCGCCUCAGAUGAAUGCGUUGCCGUGGCUCGUCUCACCUUGGACGUUCAUCAACAGUGCAUGACGAGCAUACGAAACUGCAAAACUGACUCCUCGAUUUUAAAGAAAUACAUCAGCUGGGCCAUUCUGAACAUUCCGUUCGUUUCUUUUAGCAUCCUUUUCACGCAUGCCAUCAGGUCGUCCGAUGCCGCGGACUUGGCUUUACUUGAUCGCUUCGCGAACUCAUUGCAACCUGAUUAUCCAUCAUCAGAGAGUGUAACUCAUCCGCAUCGGCUUUAUCAACUCCUUUGCAAGGUUGCAAGGCUCUAUGGGGAAUCUGGCGCAAAGGUUUCUACGAAAGCUGCAAACCAGAGCUUGCCGGAGAUCUCAACUGAGGUCGAUUUAGCAGCUCAUCUUCCUAGCUUGGAGGCGGGGACCGAGAGAUUUCAGGCCUUGGUCGCAGAUGAGUCCCAAAUAACCGGCCUCAGUGACUGGUUUUAUGGAAAUCAACAGUUGAUGAACUUGUUGGGGGAGGAUAUGAUGUAUUGA